AUGGCCAAAUGCGGUGGAUGCGGUCAAUUCAUUGCUGCGACAGCAAGCAUUCGGUGUGGCAAGUGCGCGGUCUGCUACCACCGCGCCUGUGUGGGAGUACCGCCUUCAGCAACCCCCUCGCCUGCAUGGCUGUGUCCUGGAUGCAAGGCGAAACUUCCCAAGACCGACAAUUCCGCGACACCGGUUAAAGGUGCAGCAGCGGAUUGCUCGGUCCCAAAUAGUCCCCCCACCGUCGCCCCCCCCGUGAGUCUGGAUUUGGCGCAUGAGAUCAGAGCUUUCAGGGAGGAGUUAAGCGCUCUAAGGGUUGAUAUACGCGAGCUACGGCAGGAAAAUGCACAAUUUAGAGCUGCCAUAAACGGUUGCAAUGAGCGGCUGGACGCGGUAGUGCACAGGGUGGACAGCCUCGAGCAGCGGUUCGAGGCGAAGGACCCCUCAUCGUAUGACCACCUGGAGGAGACGAUCGCUGACUUAAAACUACAACUGAACGAGCGCGAUCAGGACCUUCUGUUAAAUGACGUCAUCGUGUCGGGUAUACCGGAGUCGAAGACCGAGAACCCGGCACACAUACUUAAAACACUGUCGCUGAAGCUGGGGGUCGACCUUGACGAUAGGGACAUAGUAAACGUCGAGCGCCUCGGCAUGGUACGUCGUAAUUUUAUCGCCGGUUCAUCCCAGCACGAUAUAACGGAGCAUCCGCGGCCGCGCGCCAUCGCGGUGCGCCUUUCUCGCCGUACGGUGCGAGACAAACUACUUCAAGCGGCGCGCGUGCGCCGCGGCCUCACCACUGCGGACCUCGAUCUACACGGCCAGCCUCGGAGGGUGUUUGUAAACGAGCACCUGACUCGCUCAAAUGCAAAGUUAUUCAAUCUAGCUCGAGAGGCUGGGCAGCGCUCAAGUACAAGUACGUGUGGACAAGGGAGGGACGCAUCUACGUGCGGAAGGAGGACGGCGUCUCUGCUGUGCGCAUUCGCUCGCACGCAGAUAUCAGAAAAACUUUUGGGGACGGUUAUGUUUGAUGAGUGUGGGUGUUAA